CAAAUCCUAACGAGAACUACACGUUUGUCAUGGAACUUCAGUGUGUCUUUGCCAUAAAAUGGCUAAUGUUCAUAACACGCGAAUUGUAAUGUGAAAAUAACUAAAUACGAAAAUUAUUUAACCACCACAGCGACGUUUCCCGGCAUUUUAUUACAAGAAGUUGCACCAAAAACGACGCGUUCUCGGCAUUCUACUUGUGACGUAGGGAGCGUUUUUUCUUUUUAUUGGUUCUAAGUUAAGGUGGCACGUUGCCGAAAUAUCGAAGUACUUAUGUGUUUCACGUGACGAAACGGCUCCUGAACGUGAAGUAGAGGGAAGCAUAGUCACAAAAUUGUUAGAGCGCCACGACCACGUUAGCUAACUCGUCCUGUGUGUCGGUCGACUGCUUCAGGGAGAUGGACUGACAGACUUUAAGGUGCGGCUUGUGGUAUCCGUGCUGGGGAAGGCUGCUAUAUUUACUGUGUCCUGACUAACCUACUCUUUGGACUACACUACAGAUAAGUCGUCACCACAACCAAGAUUUCAGGUACAAGCUGGUUCACCAGAUCAGGCAGCAGAAUUGCGAAACUUACUACUUCCGGCUGAACAGUCCAUUAAUGUCUGAAGCAGUUGUGGAGCAGCCUCGAUGUUACAGGAAAACACAAUGUGGGAUUAAAUGGAGUGCUGUCAAACCCUGUACAACCCGUAACUCAUUCAGAGUGUACUUCAGAUCAGUUGGAGAACCACACUAAUAACAUUGCAAUGGAAGACCCUACAAGUGCAAUUGAACAUACAGCACAUAGUCUCAGAAGUACAACAGCGCGGUCUCGCAGAUGGGAUGCAUUGCACAUUCCUGGAGAUGGGACAAACACGGCACUUGAACUAAUGCCAAGAGGAGUCACACAGCGUACCCGUAGCAGGGUGUCACGACCACCACAUGGACAAGGCUUCAGUGCCAGUUCUGAUGAAAGAAUUGGUAGGGAGGUUGUUGUUUUGCAAAAGUGUGAUGAACAGCAGAGUUCACACAACAACAAAGAUCUGACAGAGAUACAGUUAUACCACAACCAUCUGUUGGAGGGACAAGUAUGUCUCCCAUUCAUCAUGGAGAAGUGAGAGCCACUUGCAGUCAAGCUAUGGAUGUGAAUGUCUCUCACAGUCGUCGUACAGUGCCAAGUGAUAGGCAGGGACGUAGUGUGACGAGAGAUGUUCCGUACACUCGUGUUCGUGUAGCAAGUUCUCCUCGCAGCCAUGCGAGAGAGGACAAACGACACUCAUAGCCACAGUAGGGAGGGGAAUGCAUCUGCACCUCGUGGCAGAGAGGCGAAUGGUCCAACCAGGAAUGGCAGAGAAACGAGUGUCACAGAGGAACAUGGUGAGGUUGCUGGUGGUCGUCAACCUUGCCCAAGACUCAGGCACCGGAGUCAUGUGAGGGAGACCAAUGCUACUCAGAGCCAAGAUAGGGAGGCAAGUGCCCCUGUAGCUCGUGGCAGAGAGGCAGACAGCCCAACCAGAAAUGGCAGAGAAAUGAGUGUUGCAGAUGAACAUGGCGAGGCAGCUGGUAGUCACCAACCUUGCCCAAGGCUCAGGCGUCGUGCUUUGCCAGACCGAGGUAUCAGAAGAAACAGUACAAAUCAAGAAAGGGAGCCUUAUUCACUUAGACCAAGAGGUGAGCGACCAAAUUACAGUGUAGCUGCUGGUCAUCGUAGAAGAACUCAACCAAAUUGGCGGACACAAUUGAGAACACAGAUGAGGCAGUACAUGGAUGAAAUUUUUGCUGCCUAUGUGAAUGCAAUGUUAUUUGGAAAUCAGAAACGUGAGGUCAAGGAUCUUCCAGAAGUUGCAAUAAAUGAGGAGCAAGUUAACUCGGGUCUGAAAUGUUCAGUGUGCUUGUUAGAUUUUGUACUGGAUGAAAUAGUACAUAAGCUGCCUUGUGACCAUUUAUACCACAAAAAUUGUAUAAUACCAUGGCUUGAGCAGAAUGAUAACUGCCCAAUGUGCAGAAGGCCUGUUGAUGAUGAUGAUGAUUCUGAUGAUGAUGACGAUGAUGAUAUUGAUAUUCUUCCGGAUGAUGACGACGAUGACGAUGAUGAUCCAGGUAACCAAAGGGCUCGUUUCCGAAUAGUUGUUGGAGAUGCAGAUGUCACUGUUAUCGCACAUGACAGUGCUAAUGAAUCUUCAGCCUCUGAUACUGAUUUCGAAGUAUUUAUGAAUUCUGAUGAGUACUGAAGCUACUGAAUAUUACGACUGAUUUAUCCAUUUGAAGAUUUGGGACACAUUUUUGUGUACUCAGUAUGGGAAUGUAUUUUCAUCAAUUCCCAUUACAUACUAUCAAAUAUAUAGACUGAAUGUUUCCAGAAUCAUUUUCAGACACUCUACUUACAACUGUGUUACAGUGCAAAAAGUUUUACAAACAGUAGUUUUUAACAGCAGCUGUGAUUGGAUGCUGUCUGAAUGAGAGGGAGGUCCUAGCACUCUUUCAACAUACCGCGUAGACCAACGCUUCAGUAGUGUACAAAUUAGUGAUUUUCUCCCUUUACUGUCCCCAAAUACAUUCACACCAAGAAUAACUUUUUGUGACUUGUUUGAAUGGCUCUUCUUUAAUGCAUAUGGAGGGGGGGGGGGGCUGAAAGCAGUUGUGCUGGGAAACUACUUGUAUAGUGUUUGUGAUUAUUAAAAGAUAUUUAAACGUAGUGAAUAUUAAAUGGUAAACACACUAUUGGUUCCAUAAAUCAUAACUUAAAUGUCUGUUUAUUGUUACAAUGUCUACUGUGUCUAUAGCCUCAUACUCUCAACAAAGUAUCAUAAACUGAU